UUUGCUUGAACUUGAGAGUAUUCAUUGUAUUUGGUUGUUUAUCAAGAAAGAAACUAACAAAGGAAAAGUAAUUCUCCAACAGCCACACAACUCAUGGAUGCACAUUUGGGAUCAAGCUGUUUUGUAAGAGAUGGAAGGAAACAGGUGACAGCUUUGCCUGCGGCUUCAUUUUAUUAUUUACUUCAGUCUCCCUUGAGUUCUGCAAUUUGGGCCACAAGGUCUCAGAAGGAAGCUUUCUAGAACUUGCCAUCCAUCUUCCUCUGUUAAUACAGAGAAAAGGCAAAGCAGAGGAGUAUUUUGUUAUCUCUUUCCUUGUGCACAAAAAUACUGCCAAGAAACAAUGUUCUGGGGAGAAACUGAAAUAUACAAAUUGGAAUAUCAUAAAUUCCAAUACAGAGCUUGAAGAUGAAAUUGGAAGACCAGGGAGGAGGGAAGCAUACUAAAGCAUGGAGGAACAAAAUUCAUGACUGAUUCUGAAGAGCCAGAAAAUGUCAAGACUCUUAACCCACUUUGGUUGUUUUUCAAAGUAUGCUGUAUCCAAAGGGCAUUGGACGUCAUGACUGUCACUCUAGUAUGUGAUCCUUCGGAAGCUAUGGAGCUCUGUGCCUCUCAGCAACUCUAUCUUAAGCCAAUAGCAAAAUUAACUAUCAGUGUGGUGCUUCCAGAACACACCGGAUCUACCCGGGCAUUCUCUAAAUGGGAAGUGAUGGACAAGCUGAAGAAUAUGAUUUGUCCAGACCAGUUCAUCAGUGUUAAGGUUUCAAAAAGAACAAAAGGUUUCAUUCGGUUUGAGGGAGAGGCAGAAACCAAGCAUUUGGUAUGUAGCCUUAAGGAAAAGCUCCAUGGCAAGAUGAUAAAACUGAAUGGUUUUAAAGAUGACUUGCAAGUGGUUGCUACAGAGGCAUCUCCUGAUUUACCAACUCCUCAGGAGUCGGAAGCCAUUUUGACUGAUAGAGAAAUGAUGGAGGAAGAUCUUGCUGAGCAAAGCAGUGAUGUUCCCAAUUGCAUCCAUUUGGAAGGAUUGCCGUGCAAAUGGUUUGCCCUAAGAGGCUCAGGUAGUGAAACACCAAACGAAGAUAUCUUGAGAGCAGUGUUUGAAAGUUUUGGAAAGAUCAAGAAUGUAGAUAUUCCCAUGCUUGAUCCUUAUAGGCAAGAAAUGGUGGGAGGAAACAUGACUAAUUUCAUUUUUCGUGGCCUGCGAACAUUUGAAGCUUAUAUCCAGUACCAGGAGUCCACAGCUUUUGCAAAAGCUAUGGAGACACUUAAGGGAAUGAAGCUGAUGUUUAAAGGGGAUGAUGGAAAAGCUCUGGCAUGUAAUAUUAAGGUAUCAGCUGAUACUACCAAUCAUUUCAGUGAGAGUGCUAUAAACCAGAGGAACCUGGAACGAUUAACCCUGCAAGGGCUAGAGCGAGAAAGAAAGAGGGAGGAAAACAGAGGUAAAAGAGGUACUGAAAGAAAAAGACGUGAUGAUGGUGAUGAAAAAAAAGUUGGAGAAGGAAAGAGGAAGUCUAAGAUCAAGAGACGAGAAAAAAGACAGAUAGAUCGGGAUGAAAAACGCCCAAGAAAGCAACAGAAGGUAACAGCUGAAGAAGAGCUGUGGCCAGAGAAUAUGCCUGAAUGGGAAGAGAGGAAAUACCUCCUAGCUCAGAGAAGAGUGGAGUCAAUCAGGCUGCUUACAGUGCUGUUAAACCAAAUAAAAGAUUUUGUGCUAUCAUCCAGGCAACUAAGGGAGCCUCUAUUGGAAAGUGAAAAUGAAAGGGAAGAUUGCUUUCCUUCACCUAAGAUACAAAAUGUGCUAAAAGAGACAUCCAACUCUAGUAGUCUUGGAUGCAAAGAAGCAAAGGAUGAGAGAGACCCCCCUCAUCAGUUAGGCCGGUUGGAUAACGCCUAUAUUGAGGAGGAGGAGGAACAAUAUGUUUCAUUUGGCUUGCCUAGAUCACCUUGUCACCUUGUGAGAACUGUUUUGAAUGAGCCAGCUGCAAGACCAGUUAGUAGACACAUAACGGACAAGGCUACAGACUGCUAUCAGGACAGUGGCUUGUUGCAAGUUACAGUCACUCAAGAUUGCAAAGUCAAAAAAUCUCCUGCCAGGGAGUACUGCCGAAGCCUGGACUUGGGGUGCUCCUCCAGAGUCUCUAGUGCAGGAAACUGCAAGAAGCAAAAGGUUUAUGAAACAGAGGAAUUCAUACACUAUUUACUAAACUACUACCAAACCCCAAGAUAUGCACGAAUCUGUCCGGUGACACAAAACACAGGAACUGAGUCCUGGUGGCAGAGGGUGGUGUCCCAUAAUGGGAAUAACUUUCAGGUCAGCCUGAAAAACAAAGAUGGACAGUGUCUUACAGAUGUGAGUUUUAUACCAAACUUCGAUGAGAGGGACUUUCGAGGCACUGAUAGUUACGUGUGGGAAGUGGUAGAUGAGGAACCUGAGCCAAAAGAGGUUGUGCCCAAAAGUCAGACCUGUACUAGAGAGUUCACUGGUCAAUGUCUGGUGUGGUGUAGGGAUUCACUGGAUGAAGUCAGUCAUAGACUUCCAGGUGAUAAGCUGAAUAGUCCUUUUCUAGUAAGCACCAGUACUAAUUGUGAUAACAGAUCCCAAGAAGAGACUAUGGGAAUGAAAGUUUUACCACCACCGAUCAAGUCAUUUGGCCACGUUUAUAAAUUGAAGGAUUUAUUGGAAGAGAUCAGCAGUGAUUCUGAAUAUUUUAGUGAUGCAUUUGAUGAGUCACAAACCAAAAUGGAAAGAAGGAAUGGGGGUUGCAGAAAUAGUUGCAAGGCUUGGCCUCUCAGCCAGGAAAGAGCAAGAGAAUUGCUGAUUUGUGUCCAAAAUGGUGAUUGCAGCAAACGCAGUUUUUGUACAAACUCUGAGUGCUUUGACUUGGCGAAGCAUCCCAAGCAAAGGCUUAAGACAGCAUUCAAGAGAUCUAGCAGCAAGUUAAGACAUGAAGGGCAAAAAUUCAAGUGCUCAUCCAGUGAAGAGGAGCAAGCUAGCAGGAAGAAGAGGAGAAAGAAGAAAAAGUCCUCUGAUAACUGUUUGCGUGACAAUGAGCCACAAUUUCUUGAAGCAAACCAUUGCGGAGAGCUGGAGUCCCUCAGCAAGAUACAGAGAAAAUGUAGCAAGAUUCUACACCACAAAAUGAAAUGUAAAACACUCCAUGCCAUGGCAGAAGAAGUAAAAGCAAGAGAUGUCAUUCAUUUGAGUGACUCUCAGCUUCAGGAACCCCACCAGCAGGCAGGUAAGGGGAAAGCAGACACCAGUGUGAUGGGUGAGAGAUGGCGUGAAACUGAGGGGCAGCUGAGAGUUUGCAAAGUAAGAGUGAAAAGGUAAUUGUCAGGUGAGUUCAGGGAAGUGGUAGAAAUAGUGGAAUGUACAAGUAGAGGAUGACACAAGACAAUGGGCAUAUAAGGGUGGAACUGCUUUCAAUUCUGCAAGCUCCUUUUGGAUGAGCAGCUGCUGUAACUUGGGCAUUCCUGAGUCUUGAGAUUCUGCUGCAACUCUUUCCCCGUUUCCAGGGAACUUGCUGUUAAGAAGAGAAGUGGAAACAGAUUCUGAUGAAUGGCCUUUGUUUCCUGUUGAAAUAGACAAAUCAAUACCCUGACUCUUUCCGUGGAGUAAAACUUGGAAGAUGUUAAUUUCACCAAUUUUGGAGGACAAUGGGGAUCUUGAAACUGUUGAAGGUGGAAGAUCAAGAUGGGUCCUUUUUAUACAACUUUUUGAAAACUUAACUAUAAAGCUAGACUUACAAUGAUAGAGGUGUUUGCUUGGGCCCCUUUGUUUGCAUGCUAGGAAAGCUAGGAUAGCUCUAAACAACCUGCUUGGUAAAAUAGGUGGCAAAAAGUCUCAGUGGUUUUGAUGGCUACAACUAAGGACCAGAAACAUGUUACUGGAGUGCAUGAUAUAAGCCAUUUUGAAGAAUUUGCUAGAGGUUUGGACUGAGCAAAAAUUAACAGUCCUCUCAGAGUUUGUGAAAAACCAUGGAAUCUGUGGGUUCUGCUCUGUAGUUCACUGUACAGUUAAAGGAGUUUUGCAUAAGCUAAUUGUAUGCCAGUUGAGUAAACUUUAACUUUAAAAAUUGAAAGAUUUAAGGAAGUACUUCCUUAGUAAGAGGAAGGGGCUGAUGGUGCAAGUAAAAAAAAACACAUGAUGGCCAAGACAGAAAAGGAACAUAUUUAUAACUAACUGCACACUUUGCCAUUUGAGACACACAUUAGGUUGGGUAUUAUAUGACUUUUGCCAGAUGUCGUUUGCUGGUCCCGCUGUUAUUGCCAGCCUCCAUUGGGGUUUUUUGAAUACAGUGUGUGACUAAGCCCAAGUAGUUACCAUGGUUUCAAGGUUGUGCUCCCCUGUUAUUCCACCUAAGUCUGUUGCCCCUUGGUGUACAGCUAAGUCAUUGUCAAUGUGUUAUUUUUUGUUUGCUGCAGCUUACUAGAGCUUAUCCACAAUCAGUUGCUAUAUGUUCUGUUUGUUGAAAACCAGUGAAAGCCAUGCCAGUUAGCCAAAAUAUUUCCACAUUUAAUUGGUUCACAAAUGUUAUAAAAUGGAUUACUCCUCCUUAAAUUAGGUCUAAAAAAUGAGAAGACCUCCAGAUCUUGAGAGGCUAGUGACAUUUUGCUCCACUUCUGCUGGGCUUAGUAGUGCUGAAAUGCUGAAUGGGGAAUGAUCCGAACAAACCUUUGAACCUCGGGAGAGGGUUUGAAAUAUUCUUUAGUGCUGGCUGGAAUUUUGACCUUCAAGUAAGUGACCUUCUAAAUUAUAACUAGAUUGUCUGAGCUACAUAAGUUCAUAUUGUUGUUGUUUAACAUUUGUAUAGAAACCUGGAAAUAGGUAUGAUACUGCUGAUGCAGUCCAUGGCUAUAAUUUGCAAAUAACUUUACUACAGUUGGACUACUCAAGAGUAGGUAGUACUGAAACCCACAAGCAAUGCUAUCAAAUUAUCUUACCAGAUGGCCAACAGUGCUGUGGAAUACUAUUCCAUAUGAAGAGGGACACAGUGACAUAUUUUAGUUAAAUUUUAAAAACUGCAUGGUUUUGCUUUCAUUUUUACAUACUUUUUAUUACAUGUCACAAUAACUUUCACAAUACACAUUCCCUAGCAUAUCAUCCAUGUUUGUUAACUUCUGCUCUAAUAAAGUAGUAAUGAACCACAGUAUGCAGGCAGUCUCUGUGUUUAAUGUUAAAAGUUGGGCAGUGGUGGACAUUUCCAAGGGUCUCUAAACCCACUCCUUCAGAACAAUUCUUUGUGAAUGCUUUUUCCCAGUGUAGCAAGCAAAGUGUUUUGAUCUGAAAAUUACACACUCCCCCCCCCUUUUUUUUUUGCACUUGGUUGCUUUUUGUUCUGGAAUUUUUAAAUGUUUACUUAGAAGUGUUUUAUAGGAAAAUCCAUUCUGCAAUUCUAGCUAUAUCACUAACAUUUAGUGUUCACAGGAACAAAAUCAAUUUCCUGUGAGUUUUUUUGUAUUUUUAAAACCAGUCUGUGCAUGUGUGCAUAUAUGUAUCAUCUUAAAAUGUUGAUGCUUAAAGGAACGGUAUUCCUUCCAAUGAAGAGACUUGCAUUCAUUUUAUAGCUGUAAACAAGACAAGCAGUGCUAGGAAAAUGCUAUAGCUCUACUCUAUGAACAGCAUGUGAACUUUGACCCUCUGGAUCGGAAUAUGGAUUCAGACUUAAUGGGUUUUGUGUACAGCAGUUCAUGGCAUCAGUAUAGAGCUGCAACCCAUGCUUUAUAUCACAGGGUAAAUAUGGGAAUGAGUUUCCUCCCGUAGUGUGAAGGGACUCAAGUGAGAGGAGAAUGCACCCCAAGGUAACCCCAAGCCUUGGAAAAACCACAACCAUACUAAAUCUAUGGAAAUACGACAUACUUUGUUUGGAAUUGAGGUUUUUUCCAUUUAAAUAAAAGCUUGACAAUGAAAUUGAGUGAAUUUUCUACACCGCAGAUAUUAAUGCUGCAAGCAAACAAAAGCUAUCUGUUGCCUCUUGAAAAAAGCUCAUGAUAAAUUUAUCACAACUGUCAAUGUCCCAUGAAUUCACUGGCCCUUGACUAUACAUGAGAAGAAAAAGUGGGGCCCCAUUUAUUCCUCCUUUGCCUUCACUAAUGGAAUAAUGAAACAGGAAGAUCUCAUGUUUACAUAAAUAAAAUUUCCCCACUUAAUUUCCUCACUUCUCUGAUGAGAGGUGUAGAGAGCUCACAAAUGAGCUGAGGUAAAUAGAUUAGAGCUGACCAUUUUGGGGGAGGGGGGGGGGUUAGUGAUUUAGGAAUAUGAAUUUCUCUCAUUAAAUGUCUUAAUAUUUCCCCCAGCCUUUCUCUUUGAACAACUUGCGCAUAAGGACUGGCAGCAUAAGUUUAAAAUAAAACUAACUGAUCAAAUUCACAUGAAUAGAUUUGUGGAAAAAUACUAUGGAUGUUUCUAGUAAGCUUUCUCAAAUUUUUGAAAAGCCAAGUUUGUAGACAUGUUUCUGAUUCAACUUGUACUGUUCAGGAAAAAAAAUGUGACUUAAUUAUGAAAAACAAAUAAAAUGUAUUUAUUUUAUGUAAAAUUGUUUAAAUGUUAAUUUAUGAUGUAUUAAACUGACAAGUAAUA